AUGGACACUGUAAUCAAGGAAAUUGUGAAGGAGACGAUCAAAUUUUCACCUGGCGAUGAAGAGAAAUGGCGAUUGUUGUAUGAGCCUCUCUACACUAUAUCAAGUGAUAUCCAGGUCAUCAGUGACAGGCGAUAUGGGGCGGCGUCUCGGAAUCUCCUAGAUGUAUAUGUGCCUCCAAAAACACUACCUUGCCCUAAUGCUGGAAGGCCCGUUCUAUUCUAUGUUCAUGGGGGAGGGUUCAUCUCCGGCGACAAGGUUUGGAGCAAAAAUGUCUAUGCCAAUAUCGGGUACUACUUUGCCUCGCUCGGCAUUGUGACUAUCUGCGUCAACCAUCAAUUGGUGCCUGGCGCGAAGUACCCUGAUGCCGCCGUCGACAUGCAGCUGGCUCGAGAGUGGGUGUACAACAAUAUAUCGUCUGUGGAGUAUGGAUUUGGCGAUCCGAAGAAGGUCAUUCUUUUUGGGCAUUCAUCUGGAGGUGCACAUCUGGCGAUGAAUCUCUACGCUGCAGGCGAUACAGAACGCCACUCUGAGCUCUCCGACCGCUUCGCAGGCGAUCCAACGGCUGUUUGGCCACCAGUAGCAGGGGUCAUCUUUCUUGACGUACCUUUCUGGAUGGACAGUCGCAAGCCUGGGCGCCAGUACGCCCUUCGUAACUAUUACGGCUCAUACAACGACGAUAUAUGGUAUCCAAAAUCGCCACUGGGACUUUUGGAGAGGCUAGAAGAGGGUAGCCCAGCACUUGACAGUCAGAAGCUGCCUGUAUAUCUGGGUACAGUCGAAUGGGAAAUCCCAGAGACGAGCGACGCGACGGGACGCUUCUUCGAGGCGUACAGGAAGCGCAGUAAACCCGAAGGAAGUCUGCCACUGAUGCGAGUCAGUAGACGACAUAAUCAUCUAUCAGUAGUCUUGAGCAUCGGAACUACAGAUACUAGCCUCAGUGACAGUCUAUUGGAAUUCAUUCGGGGAUGUGUUGGGAAGUGGCAGGAUAUUGCAGGACCUGGAGCUUCGUGA